UUGUUAGACUUGGUGGAAGCCCUGCCUCUUCGUCUCUUCAAGGCUACUGCAGAGGACCUCGGCCAAAUCCUCUGCUGGAUCGGCGGUUACUCGGAGUCCGAGCUGGUCCCCCUGCACUCAGUUCGUAGCCGUCUUGCUCGCAGUCUGUUGAGUCACCUACCAUGGGAGGCUGUUGUAAACACCGUAAGGCUGUCCACAACAAGUUAUUCCAUGUUUUGA